GCGAGAGAGAGAGAGAGAGAGAGAGAGAGUUUGAUAUAUGAGUUUUCUUGUAAAGAAACUUCUCGUUUUUGUCAAAGAGGUCUCAUCCUUUUGCUGUGUAUUUGCUUUAUCUGUGACAUAAAACUCUCCCAUUGCGAGAUGUCUUGUCUUUCUUCUAUGUUCUUCAUCUUUGUGCCUGCAUUUACAGCUUCCUUGUGGCCCAAAGACCUCUCUUUCUCUGUUAAUAUCUGUAAUUCUUCAUGCUUUGGGUUUGCAGGGUUUUCCGUGAAGAAUUUGCUCUAAUUUCCCCGUACAAAGCGCAGAUCUUGAGGUUAUUGAACUCAAAUCUCUCUCUCUCUCUCUCGUUGUUGAAGACAACCCAAAUGGGUCUCUGAUAUAUCUCUAAUUUUGUUGUCUUCCUUGGCAGAUAUGGAGACGGAAGAGAGGAACCAGAGAGCAUGUAAAUCACCAGAAACAGAUUUGUUCUUACAGUGGGGUAAUAGCAAGAGAGUCAGAUGCGUGAGAUUCAGAGACCCAGAUUUCUCAGACCCAUCAAAGAAUGGUAGACUUCGCCGGAAAAUCUCAUCGCGCUUCCUCACUCUUUCCCAGAAACAGACCUCUUUUCCUCAACCACCCACUCGUCUCACCAGGAAUUCUGAAACGGCGGCGCUUCAGUCGGAGAAUCGGAAGUCUUCGGCAUCGGUGUCUCCGGAGAAGGAGAGAUUUUAUACGACGAGAGGGUCGGUGGUUGGGUUGGAGGAGAUUGGGCAAGAUCCGGCGGACGGCGUCGUAGGUGGAGUUGGGGAUGAGAAAAGAGGGGUUGUUUGGCCAAAGCUGUAUAUUGCUUUGUCAAGCAAAGAGAAAGAGGAGGAUUUUAUGGCUAUGAAAGGGUGUAAGCUUCCACAGAGGCCUAAGAAAAGGGCCAAAAUCAUCCAAAGAACUUUGCUUUUGGUGAGUCCUGGAGCAUGGUUAACAGACAUGGGUCAAGAGAGGUAUGAAGUCAGGGAGAAGAAGAGUUCUAAGAAGAGACCAAGAGGAUUGAAGGCCAUGGGAAACNGUGUGUUUAUAAGUCUUUACUUAGUCCUUCUUUUGUAG